AUCAGGUCAGUCAAGUAAAAAAUCUUUCUAAGCUGCCUAUAUUUCUGUUUAGCCAGGGCACUGAUAGCAGUUUGGGGUCGGGUUAAGGUAAAAGGAACCGACUUCCGCACACCACAGGUUCAGAUUCAGCUGUCAUCGAUGACAGUACUCCCUCUGCAGUCCAAACAUCAUGCUUCCACAGGGGGGUAAGGAGUUUAUGGUCCGGAUACGGUUCUUCUGGCGUCCACUUUUCCAAGGCAGGAAUCUGCUGCUCACAAACACGCUGAGUGCAGGAGGCAUGCUGGCACUGGGAGACAUCCUGCAGCAGAGCCGGGAGACCCGCAAAGAGCCAGGCAGAACCCACAACUGGAAAAGAACAGGUCACAUGUUCCUGGUAGGCUGCUCUCUGGGUCCAAUGAUGCACUACUGGUAUGGCUGGCUGGACAGAGUUUAUGCGGGCCACGCUCUGAAAACAGUUGGGAAAAAAGUUAUAGUGGACCAGCUGAUAGCCUCACCAACAAUGGCCUUAUGGUAUUUCAUAGGUAUGGAUGUCAUGGAGGGACACUCUUUACCUGAGGCAUGGGCGGAGUUUAAAGACAAAUUCUGGGAACUUUAUAAGGCUGACUGGUGUGUUUGGCCUGCUGCUCAGAUGAUCAACUUCUACUUCCUCUCGCCUAAAUUUCGAGUUAUCUAUAUGAAUUUUAUCACCCUGGGGUGGGACACGUACCUAUCCUACCUCAAACACAGAGUUGACAGCCCUCCUGCUGCAGAUUCAUCAGACAGCAAUAAUGUAGACUCACAGCAGGAAGCUCAACCAGCAGCCAAACCUCUGGAACAGAAGAUGAGUUAGCGAUGGAGUUUAGGCUUAUUAGCAAAACUUGAGAGGGUUGCGGCAUUUCAGCGUGUUGAAAUUGUUGUUUUGAGCUUGAAAAUAUUUAUGACUGUGUCUGAACUCAGAGGAUUUGUAGAUGAUGAAGUUAAAGUGCUGGGACACUUUUUUCUUCAUGUCUGUAGAGUUUUAAUACAUCUCUGUCCUGUGUCUUUGUUUUAUUUAUGUCUGAAUGAGGUGUAAAUCCUUUUGAAGCAUUCAGGGAUAAAAAGCUGGUUCACUGCCUUUAGUGCUAAACCAUCUGAUGGUAGUGAUCUUCUUCUUCGAGCAACAGAGGCCUGAGUUUCUAAAUGCUGUUAUAAUUAUCAACAAGCCACUUUAUGACAAGUCAUAAAUAACUCUCUUAAGUCUACUAUCUCUUUUUUGUUAUUACAUCCAAAGAUUAACCCUGUGGGAUCAGUAACACCGAAGCUUUUUUUCAACCCUGUGCCAUUUUUUUGGUGGUAAUAAUUGAAAUGAACUCUGUUAAAUUAACAAUUAUAACUUUGCCUUUGUUCGUAGAGCAGUGCUAAGCUGUGUGCCAAAGGGCCAAAUAAUCCCUCCCCUCUUUUGAGGUAUGUAUUAAAUUAUCGCAUGAUUGUCAUUUAUAUUAAAUAUGAACUCCUCUAUAUUUUUAUCAUAUCAAACUGAAGCUUCAGUUGUGUUUGUAAACUUGAUUUGUGAUAUAUUAAAUAUGUGAAGUUAUUUUCGAAACUUGUGGUAGUUUAACACCAGUGAGUGUAAAAUGACCUGAUGUACUGUGCUUUAUAUCAAAUACAACAUAGAUAGAAAUGUGGUAAUGAGUUAAGGCGAGCUGUGCUUUUCAUCAUUUCAUUGUGAUUUUUAAAAAAUAUAUAUAUCAUCAAGAAAGAGGAAAUCAGUCAAACAAUGAAUGCAGAAUAUUUUUCAAUUCCAUUGCUAUUUGAUGCUGCUAUUUUGUUUGUGUAAAUGAUUUUCAAGAAAUUUGUAAAAAAAAAAAUGUAUCCUGUAAUAUAACUGUAUGUUAAAAAAAGUGAAGUGCAAGCAAUAGACCAUAAGUCUUCAUGUGGUUUUGCAUUCUUAUGAAUAUGUUUUUAGUGCUGAAUUUCAGCUUCAGAAGAUAUUUAAAAUAUUGCAUAAGAACUUGAAAUGACAUAACACUGUUAA